AUGGCGGGGAGGGAGAAGAGGAGGCGCGCGACGGCGCUCGACGACGACGAGCGGCGGGGGCGGCGGAGGCAGGAGGAGGCGGCCUUCCUCCUCCAUAAGAUCAAAGGUCUGGUGGGCUGGGUAGUCGCGGAGGUCGCUGCUGGCAGAUCCCCUUCCGUGGCGCUCCACCGCUACCAGAAUUACUGCGCCUCCGCCUCCGUCUCCACCUCCGCCGCCGCGUCCCCGUCCACAUGUGCCUGCAGCUACGACGCCCCCGUCGGCACGGAGGUCCUCUCCCUCCUCCGCAAGGAAUUCCACGCCUCCCGCCUCAAUGUGCUUCUCAGGGUUCUGCUCGUGGUGCAGCAACUCCUGCAGGAGAACAAGCACUGCUCCAAGAGGGACAUCUACUACAUGUACCCCUCCAUUUUCGUAGAACAAGCGGUUGUCGAUCGUGCGAUCAAUGAUAUCUGCAUACUCUUCAAAUGCAGCCGGCAUAACCUCAAUGUGGUUCCUGUGGCAAAAGGUUUGGUGAUGGGCUGGAUAAGAUUUGUGGAGGGCAAAAAGAAAGUCUAUUGUAUAACAAACGUCAAUGCUGCUUUCUCCAUUCCAGUUAGCAUCGAAGCAAUCAAAGAUAUAGUUAGUGUUGCUCACUACAUUCUUGUUGUUGAGAAGGAGACAGUGUUCCAGCGUUUGGCCAAUGACAAGUUCUGUGAAAGGAAUCGUUGCAUUGUUAUUACAGGAAGAGGAUACCCAGAUAUUCCAACAAGAAGAUUUUUGCGCUACCUUGUUGAACAGCUGCGCUUACCUGCUUAUUGCUUAGUGGAUGCAGAUCCUUAUGGUUUUGAUAUUCUGGCCACUUAUAAAUUUGGUUCCAUGCAAUUGGCAUAUGAUGCAAACAUUCUGCGUGUGCCUGAGAUACGAUGGCUCGGGGUCUUCACGUCUGACUUUGAGGAAUAUUGCCUUCCAGACUGCUGUCUACUUCAUUUGUCAUCUGAAGAUAAGAAGAAGCUUGAGGGAAUUCUGACCAGAUGUUACUUGCAGAGAGAAGCCCCGGAAUGGAGGUCGGAGUUGGAAGCCAUGCUGGAAAAGGGUGUCAAGUUUGAGAUUGAGGCAUUAUCAGCAAGUUCCAUUUCCUUUCUAUCACAAGAGUACAUCCCCCGGAAGAUCAAACUAGGGAGGCAUAUAUAGGAUUCCAUAUACAUAAUUGUACUUAUCUCAGUCUUCUUUUGCUUUGG